CUCUCUUUCACAUUGAAUCCAUGGCUUCUCUGAUCAAUCUUAGCCUGUUCCUGUUUGUACUUUUCCAUGCCAUUGUUUUGCUUUCUCACCCAGUUUACUGUGAUGAGGACGAAGACAAUCUUCUUCAGGGCAUUAACAGUUACCGGAACUCAUUAAACCGUCCAGCCCUCAUUAAAAACGAAAAAGCAGAUUGCCUUGCCGAUGAAAUUGCUAAUGAGUUGGAGGAUGAGCCUUGCACCAGCCCCACCAAUGGUGCCACCAUUAAGCCAAGCUCCACUACUCAACUUCCUGACAUUCCCAAGCACUUCAAGAAGUGCAAAAUUGAUGUCAACACCACAGUAGAUGGGAUCAUCUUGCCAGUUUGUGUGCCCAAAUUGGUUCCAACUCUUGUGCUUACUAACUAUACACGAACUGCAAAUGCCAAGUACAUAAACAGUUCAAAGUACACCGGAGCUGGGUUUGGUGCUGAGGAUGAUUGGAUGGUGACUGUUUUGGGCACAAACACCACGGGUGGAAGUUUUUCUAGUGCCAUCUCUUUGGUUUCAGAGGUUGGUUUGGGUCAUUGCCUAAUGUCUUUGUUCUUGGGGUUGUUCUUUAUUGUAGUGAGCUAAGGUGUUCUGUCUCUCUCACAUUGUGUGUGCUUAUGUAGAAUUUAGUUGUGUAAGCUUUGUGAAUUUGGGCUUGUUCCAUUCUCUUUGACAUCUUCU